AUGCUGAUGCUUUCGCUCUUCUAUGAUCUUCAAAAUCCUAUGUUCAAGAAGCACGAUUUCGAUGCUACCCAAUUCUUGGAGGGUGUUGGGCCAGCACUUGAAAACUACCACAACCUUUCGGGCGCACUGGAAAACGAGCUACACGACAUCUAUGCAAAGAAGCAAGAUGAUGUCGACGGUAGCAACGAGGAUAGUGGCGAAGAAAAGGAUGCUACAAAAAUUGAGAUGAAAGGCUUAUCAGAAGAAGAAAAGGAUGCUGUCACUUCAACGAUAAACAUGAUACAGAAGCACCUUUCACCAGACCAAAAGAUUGCCUCGGCUGUUUUGGAGCAUGACUGGACAGAGGUGGCAAAGAAAGAGCCUGAAUCGGUGGCAGGCCAGCUUUCGCGAAUGCUGACAGACGAGCUGUUUGGGCACUUUCAAUUGAGUGCUAAGACAGCGUUUCUGCUACAUAGCCGAGCAGGCCAACUCAAAUUUGACGAAGGCAGCUGUACAGUCAACAAUGUAGCACUAUUGAGUGCAAGGGCGUUCCGAUGCAAGGAAUUGCCACUAGACGAGUCAAAUGAUGAAGACCCGGAGUCAAGUGGACCCCGAUAUGAAAUUCUAGAUGACUUUCUUAGUGACAACGCAGAAGGAGAUGAGCAAGAAUCAGACGUGGCUGCUCAACUGGAAGUUUUGUACGACGUGACAUCUCAUUUUUCCAUUGACAGAGGAAACGAUGCGUCCGAUGACAAUGAAUCUGAAAAGGGAGAUCAACCUACCGAAAUGGACACAACCGUUGUGAGCGUUGCGGUACUAGAGGGUUUUUUAAAGGGGGGACCUGAGGGAGAACUAAGGUGGAAACUUGCACUUCAUAGACCGGCGUUCGAGUUCCCAGGAAUGCAAUAA